AGCGUGGCCUGCCGCCGAGCAGCUCAAGGGCGCCCUCGCUUAUGAGCCCCGGCAGGGUGGGCGCGCGGCGUCCCCCCAGGGCUCCGCGCACGGACUCCCGGGGGGGGGGCCCUGGGAAGGAGGGGAUGGCCGCUUUGCUGGUGCACUGGCCAGCUCUGUUCGCUGUCGGGACGAUCUCGCUGAUGUGCUUGGUGGAGCCCGAGACCGCGGCGACCUUCCCGCCCAAGCUGGACCUGAGCGGCGCCCAGGCCCUCGUCGUGGUGAGCUCCCCCACGUCCUGUGCACCACGGUUCCUAUCGUCGUCGGGCUCGUCUGGCUCAAUCUCUUCGUGAGAAGCGCCAUGCUGGAUCCGCAGGAGCAUAUGUCGAUGGUGUGGUGGCUCGUCAACGCCUUCUGGUUCCACAUCGGGUGCGACGUGCUGAGCGGAUAUUACCAGGUGAUGCCCGUGCUGACGGAGCUCUACAUGCACAUGAGUCCCGCGCAUCGGGACGCUCGCUGGAGUCCAUCGCGAGCCCCCCUGGACUCCGCUUACCUGCUGGAGCUCGUCAUCGAGGCGCCGCUCGCGCUGCUGGUGCUGUUUCUGUUCUGGCGCCGGCACCCUGGCCGCUUCUUGCUGGAGGUCUGCGCCGCCAGCGUCCAGUUGGCAGGGACAGUGAUGUACUAUGCUCCCGCGGUGGCCAAGGGCGAGACGCACUGCUGGCUCUCCUGGGCCGAUCGGUCGUGUGGCUCCGUGUGGAUCGUCUUCCCGACGCUGCUGGUCGUGCGGCACGUGCUCGGCGCGGGGGAGAAGCUCAAGAGAUCUUGAGCUCGCAGAGCGAGCAGCUCGCGGGGCUUGGGCGGAGGCACGGCAGAUGUGGAGCUGUCCUGGCAGGACGGGUGCAGCGUCGCGGUGGGGACACUGCGGGCACGCGGCGUCCAGUGCUGGUGUAUAUCGGCUUCGCGUCCACUUCCAUCUCUCCGCCCCUGUGUCUCUCUCUGCGUUUCCUUCGCGCGCUCCGUCCUUCCUGGCUUCCUCUGUCUCUCUCUGGUUCUCCUCCC